CUGAGAAGGAGGCACAGACACACACACACAAACACAGAGAAAUAAGGGAAAGAAAAGUACCGGGACUUAUACUGCUGCUGCAAACACAGAGAUAGCAGACGAAGAGGGGGGUUGGCUGCUACCCCAAGGUAAAGCCCUGCCCCCUUUACCUCCUCGCCUCCUCCUCAGAGAAAGAGAAGGAGAGAGAGAGAAGGGGCCAAAGUGGAGAAAAGCAGGUCUUCUGCGGCUGGCAUUUGGAGUACAGGGAGCCAGGACGUGAAGGAUGGUUGUGGUUACCCGAGCUGGCUGCAGGGCAGCUCUCUUCCUCUGGAUUUUCAGCAGCAUUAGCUGCAGAGCCAGGACUGCUCUGCCUGCAUCUCAAAAGUGUGAUGAACCUCUGGUCUCAGCAUUACCCCACUCCUCCUUCAGCAGUUCAUCAUCUAUGACAAGCAGCUAUGUGCCAGGGUAUGCCAAGUUAAACAAGAGAGGAGGUGCAGGAGGUUGGUCUCCAUCAGACAGUGAUCAUUACCAAUGGCUGCAGGUGGAUUUUGGGAGCAGGAAGCAGAUCAGUGCUAUUGCGACUCAAGGCAGGUAUAGCAGUUCUGACUGGGUCACUCAGUAUCGGAUGCUCUAUAGUGAUACAGGGAGAAACUGGAAACCAUACCACCAAGAUGGAAAUAUCUGGGCAUUUCCUGGAAAUACAAACUCUGAUGGUGUAGUCCGACAUGAUUUACAACAUCCAGUUAUUGCUCGCUAUGUACGGAUAGUUCCUUUGGACUGGAAUGGAGAGGGCCAAAUUGGGUUAAGAAUUGAAGUCUACGGCUGCUCCUAUUGGGCUGAUGUUAUCAAUUUUGAUGGCCAUGUAGUGUUACCAUACAGAUUCAGGAACAAGAAAAUGAAAACACUGAAAGAUGUCAUCUCUCUGAAAUUUAAGACCUCUGAAAGCGAAGGUGUAAUCUUCCACGGAGAAGGACAGCAAGGAGACUAUAUCACCUUGGAACUGAAGAAAGCCAAACUUGUUCUAAAUUUAAAUUUAGGCAGCAACCAGCUUGGCUCUAUUUAUGGCCACACAUCCGUGAUGACAGGCAGCCUCUUGGACGAUCAUCACUGGCACUCCAUCGUCAUAGAGCGCCAUGGGAGAAACAUCAAUCUCACCCUGGACAGACACAUGCAGCACUUCAGAACCAAUGGAGAAUUUGAUUACCUGGACCUGGAUUAUGAGAUAACCUUUGGAGGCAUGCCUUUUUCUGGGAAGCCAAGUUCUAACAGUAGGAAAAAUUUCAAAGGCUGCAUGGAGAGCAUCAACUACAAUGGCAAUAAUAUCACUGACCUUGCCAAGAGGAAGAAAUUGGAACCUUCUAAUGUGGGAAAUUUAAGUUUUUCUUGUGUGGAGCCACAUACAGUGCCUGUCUUUUUCAAUGCCACCAGUUACCUUGAGGUUCCUGGUCGUCCAAGCCAGGAUCUGUUUUCAGUCAGUUUCCUUUUCCGAACCUGGAACCCCAAUGGACUUCUUGUCUUCAGCAACUUUGCAGAUGACCUGGGGAAUGUUGAGAUUGACAUAAAUGAAGGCAAAGUCAGCAUCCAUAUCAAUGUCACCCAAGUGAAGAAGAACCGAAUAGACAUCUCAUCAGGCUCUGGUCUCAAUGACGGGCAGUGGCAUGAAGUCCGAUUCCUAGCGAAGGAAAAUUUUGCUGUCCUCACCAUUGAUGGCGAUGAAGCUUCAGCUGUUCGAACAAACAGCCCUCUACAAGUUAAGACUGGAGAGAAGUAUUUCUUUGGAGGGUUUCCUAUACAGAUGAAUGACUCGGAUCACUCGCUAUUUCAGCAUUCAUUUCAAGGAUGCAUGCAGUUUAUUCAUGUGGAUGAUCAGCUGGUGGAUUUGCACGUGGUGGAGCAAGGCCAGCUGGGAAGCUUUGCCAAUGUCACCAUUGACAUGUGCGCCAUUAUAGACAGGUGUGUGCCCAAUCAUUGUGAACAUGGUGGCAAAUGCACCCAGACGUGGGACAGCUUCAAGUGCACUUGCGAUGGAACCGGAUACAGCGGUGCCACUUGUCAUAACUCUAUUUAUGAACUCUCUUGUGAAGCAUACAAACACUUGGGCAAAACUUCAAAUUACUACUGGAUAGAUCCAGAUGGCAGUGGGGCACUUGGACCUUUGAAAGUUUACUGCAACAUGACAGAGGAUAAAGUAUGGACAACUGUGUACCAUGAUCUGCAAAUGCAGACUUCUGUGGGAGGCAACAGCCUGGAGAAGUUAUCUGUACUGCAGCUCAACUACAGUGCAACGAUGGACCAGAUUUCUGCCAUUACCAGUAGUGCUGAAUACUGCGAGCAGUUUAUCUCCUAUUCUUGCAAGAUGUCCCGGCUGCUGAAUACACCAGAAGGGAAUCCAUAUACCUGGUGGGUUGGAAAAGCCAAUGAGAAGCACUACUAUUGGGGUGGAUCAGGACCUGGCAUUCAAAAAUGUGCCUGCGGCAUUGAGCGCAACUGUACUGAUCCCAAGUACUACUGCAACUGUGAUGCUGAUUAUAAGCAAUGGAGAAAAGACACUGGGAUGUUGUCAUACAAAGAGCACCUACCAGUGAGUCAGGUAGUGGUUGGAGAUGUUGACCGGCCUGGGUCUGAAGCCAAGGUAUCUGUGGGUCCUGUGCGUUGUCAAGGAGAUCGGAAUUACUGGAAUGCAGCUUCUUUUGUUACUUCAUCAUCCUACCUUCACUUCUCCACCUUCCAAGGGGAAACCAGUGCAGACAUCUCUUUCUAUUUCAAAACGUCAGCCUCAGAUGGGGUGUUUCUUGAGAAUCUGGGGAACACUGACUUCAUCAAACUGGAGCUGAAAUCUGCUAUGGAGGUUUCAUUUUCAUUUGAUGUUGGAAAUGGACCUGUGGAAAUCGUCGUUAGAUCUCCCAACCAGCUCAAUGAUGACCAGUGGCAUAGGGUCAAUGCUGAGAGGAAUGUCAAACAGGCCAGCCUGCAGGUAGACCAGUUACCCCUGGAGGUCCGGAAAGCACCAACAGAAGGACACACGCGACUGGAGUUGUACAGCCAGCUCUAUGUUGGUGCUGCAGGAGGCCAGCGAGGCUUCCUAGGUUGCAUUCGUUCAUUAAGGAUGAACGGGGUGACGCUGGACCUGGAAGAGAGAGCGAAAGUCACACCAGGUGUGAAGCCUGGCUGCUCUGGCCAUUGCACGAGCUAUGGGAUGUACUGCGCAAACGGCGGUAAAUGUGUCGAGAAAUACAAUGGCUACUCCUGUGACUGCUCCAAAACUGCCUAUGAUGGACCGUUUUGCAUUAAAGAUGUUGGAGCAUUUUUUGAAGAGGGAAUGUGGCUUCGUUACAACUUCCACUCCCCAGGGACUAGCAUGAAAGAUUUAGUUAGCCGAACACUUUUGAGUUCUACAGAUCCUGAGACCACAGCACCUGACCUCAACUUGAAUAAAGAAGAGCUCAGCUUCAGCUUCAGUACCACCAAGUCGCCUUGUGUCUUAUUGUACAUCAGCUCCUAUACCCAGGACUUCAUGGCUGUGCUUGUCAAGCCAUCUGGGAAUCUGCAAAUUCGGUACAGCCUAGGAGGCACCAAAGAGCCAUAUAACAUUGAUGUCGACCACAGAAACAUGGCUAAUGGACAGCCCCAUACUGUUAACAUCACACGGAAUGGACGGGACAUAGUACUGCAGCUUGAUCACUAUCCUCCAACAAGUUACAGCCUGCCAACAGCAUCUGACAUUCAGUUCAAUUCCCCAAAGGCACUAUUCCUAGGAAAAGUUAUAGAAAUUGGGAAGAUUGACCAAGAUAUAUAUAAAUACAACACUCCAGGAUUCACUGGCUGCCUAUCAAGAGUACAGUUCAACCAGAUUGCUCCACUCAAAGCAGCUCUGAGACCUACCAACGCCUCCUCUCACGUCCACAUCCAAGGAGAACUGGUGGAAUCCAACUGUGGAGCAUCUCCACUCACCAUCCCACCAAUGUCGGCUGCUACCGACCCAUGGCACUUAGACUCAGCCAGUGCUGAUUUCCCAUACAAUGGUCAAGCCAUAGGAGAUGGAGUUAACAGAAACUCUGCCAUUAUUGGAGGUGUCAUUGCAGUGGUGAUCUUCACCAUCCUCUGCACCUUGGUGUUCCUGAUCCGCUACAUGUUUCGCCACAAGGGAACCUACCACACCAACGAGGCCAAAGGGGCAGAGUCAGCCGAGAGCGCCGACGCCGCCAUCAUGAACAAUGACCCCAACUUCACAGAGACCAUCGAUGAGAGCAAGAAGGAAUGGCUUAUCUAAGCCCACAGGGGCAGGGCCUGGGGUGGGAUACAAGCUGGGCCAGGGUGGGACUGGGAUGACUCUUGCAGUGGGGAGAGAACACUGCGUCAGAUGCUUGAGCACACGUACAGUAAAAAGAUCAGCACAACUGGAGGAGCAAGUGACAGGAAAAUACUAUUGAGACUGGAGGAAAAAAAAGAAUAUCUCAAGCAUUUAAGAAAAAAUACUUUUUAAUAUUUAUUUACAGCAAAUUGCCCCUUCCGUAUCCAAACAACUACAACAAAGAGCAGUUUUGCAGCUUCAGCAUUGGUCAAAAUUUUCAGUAAUACCUGUCUGUUUCUCUUUGUGUGUUUGGAGGUGUUCUGGAUACCCGUGACAAGAAACAGGGCUGGUUUUUUGCAUUUUUUAAAAGCUGUUUAAAACGUGUGUAGUUCUGUCCUGACAACAAGUGGCAGACCUUUCUUCCCAGCAUUGUGUUCCUUCAUGACUGGCCACUUCCCCACAGGCUGCCCUCAGCCCUGCACCUUGACCAUAUCACCGUUCAUUUUGGUGGCGUUGAACUGGGGGUUCAGGGCUGGGGGUGGGACAGGGGGGUAAAGAUUAAUGCAAAUCUUACUCACCAGUUUUGAAAAGUGUCAUCAGCCAGUGCCAACCCUGGCAGGAUCCAUCUUCUUGACCCAGGCGCUUUGUUGAUUGUGUAGAAUUCUCAUCAGCAGUGUACUGUUAUUACGACUACUACUACCAGAGAAGACGAUCAUAAAGCACAGGAAGCUUUGGGGGGGGGUUAUUAUUAUUAUUUUGUUGGUCUCUGAGGGAGGAUGAUGCUGUGUGAGUCUGUAGACCUAGUCUGUUCCUGUGUCUUUGGCUAUGACACUGGUGACCUGAGGCACGUGCCAGUUUAAACUCAGCUCUGCCUGUGGUGUAUUGGCGUAUACUGUACUUAGGUGUAAGCAUUGUAGUAGGGAAUUAGAGCCAGACUUUGUUUGCUUAUGUUUCUUUUUUAUAGGCUGUCACAGAAAUAUUAGUACAGCUCUAGUCAAUGCAUUUGAGCCCACGGGCUUCACAUAAUACUUUUUUUCCAGCUCUAGCAUAGCAAUUUAUUCUUUAAAUCCUUUGUUUCAGUCCCUUUGCAAGGAAAGCCUCUGCUGGCAGUGUUCUGACAGGCAGGAAGGUGAGACAAAGGAGGCUUGGAAACUGCCCAGAGAGCACGUGAGAAACACACAGUGCACAGUGGAGAGUUACUUUUCAAUACAGAGAUUUACCUGAACUAUUUUGCUGUCUUUGUAAGGCAUUUUUAAGAAUAGCAAGGCCAAUGCCAAGUGCAGCAUUCCACCCCAUGUCCCCUGUCAGACCAAGGAAGUUGUAGGUGUCACCUACAACUGAGAAGCAGGCAGGCAGCUUGUAGGAAAGGCAAAGGGGCAGCCUGAAGACCUAAUAUCCUUUGGUGGCAGUAACAUAGCUCUAGCUUGCCCUCUAUAGAGGAGUGUGGUUCUCCAGCGGUCUGAUUUGAUGGGCAUUUAAGGCCUUAAUGGGCAGAUUUUGCAGUGGAACAGAAUGAAGGAAUGAAUGUAUUGCAGGGCAUUUGUUGUGUGCUAAAAGAACAGAAACAAUACCAAGAAUUUAGCUUCAAAAGUAUUUAUGCUCAUGACGUUCCUAGAUUUGCUUUAUCUUUAAUAUUGCUGGGUUUAGUAUGCACAGAUUUAAUCAAUUUUUCUGUACAAUAAAUAUUUAUUUUUCACCCAAAUCUGCAAUCAGCUACACAGAGCAGUGCUGGCAUCUUUAAUUUCCUCAUCUUUUGGGUUGUAUCUUUCAUUAUUCUAGUCAAUGUUUUAAAAUGAAAAAAAAAAAUCAUGAAGGGGGAAAAUAUAUUGGAGUCUUGCCAGACUAGAAAUAUUUAUAAGCACAAUUUGUCAGACAGACAAGGCCAGAUGGUUCAGGUUUUAAGGAUGAUAGCCUAAAGACCUCUUCUGGAUUCAUUGAACAUAGAUAUCAGAGCAAAUCAAGCCCAUUGAUUUCUUCCGUCUAUGGAUUUGGAAUUAGCAUACAGAAAAGUUGCCAGUUUCAAAAAAAAUUUGUCUCUCAGGUAACAUUAUGUGGCAGAGGGGUUCAGGUAUGCAUAAAAAUCACCUCUGUCACUAGUGCUCUGCAGUCUUUUCCCUUGCCUCCAGUAUUAACCUCUCCCUCUCUUGUGUUUAAUCAAGCAGAUGAGUUCCUAUUCUUGUUUAAUCUGGGUGUAAGAUAAAUCUCCACCCCUUGGAGAGUAUCAGCAUGGCAUGGAUCUAGCCUGCACCACUAACUACUCAGCAAAAUACAUAGCAAUCACAGAUAUCUUUGUAGGAUUGAAAAGACAUUCUCUUUUUACAUUAUUUUAUGUUUAAUUUGAUUUUAAUGGUAUUUUAGUCCACUCUGAAAAAACAUCCUUGCCUGCAACUUCAAGUUACCAAGAGAAGUGAAUAUAGCAUCAUCUGCAUAGAUUGGGAUUCGGUUUGCAGCAAAAAGUUACUUACUAAUCUGAAGUUAAUAUCUGGGAGGAGGAUCAGACUUAUGUAUCCUGAGAGACUGGAGUCUGCAGCUUCAUGUAGGAGAGACAGACUUAGCAGCCACAGUGCAAAUUUGCCAAAUGCCUCAGCAUGGUGCUAGAGGAGAAAGAUGGCUCGGUCUCUGUGCCUAACCAAGUGCCUGGUAAAGCUAGGGACAGCUGUCUGGGUUAUUGUAGUGAGGCCUUGACAUCUGUUCACUGAUUUUCUAAAAGAUUACCAGCUAAUCUCCCACAAACCUGUAAGCAAGAAUUUUUGGAAAAUAACCUUUGACCACUGCACAAGCAAUAGUUGUAAAUUAGUGUCUUAAAUUUGAAAAACAGGUUUUAAAUUUCUGAAAUCAAGUUGCAAGCAUCUGCAUCUCUCCAUUGACUGGACACCAUGGACCUCUUUAUGUGAAGUUCAUUAGUGCUGUGUUAAAAUGUUGAUAAUCUUCAAUUUUGUCUUUGUUUUUGUGAUACAGUCACUUUCAUAACUCCAGAAACACUUUUAAUUAUUAGAAUUCUUGUUUCUUCUUAAACUGGACCUUAGACAUGAUAUUGUAGACUAGCAGCUGGUCUCUGCAUAGGCAUUUGAUGACUGUAGGUGAAUUCCUGCCUAUCUGCUUUGUAUUUCAUUUUUUAACAUGGCAUAUAUUUAACUAUAUGCAGUGGUCAUUCAGCAGCCUAGCAGUGAAGCAGGAGCAGGCUCAGAGAAGUAGCUUGUGUAUUUUGCUAGCAUUAUAUCUAUUCUGAGGAUUUCUUCCUCUGCAAGCCUAUUAUUGAAGGUUGAAACAACAUGCAUAGUUUACUUCACCCAGUCUUACUUGUGCCAAAAAUCUUUGUUGUCUAACAGUUACUAUCCAUACACCUGUAGUGGGAAAAUCUGUUGGCAGGGAGAUUGGAUCCUACUUUUAUAAAAUUCUGUACUUUCCCCAAAGAAUAUUAAAAUAAUCAGUCUUUUAUCACCUCUUUCUAGCUGCUUCACCUAUUUGAACUGUGCAGAAAAACGUAGCUUCUUGUACUGGUCGGGGAGCCAUAGCAUCCCAGCUGUGUUUCUAAAAGGCUCAUUCCUGAUUCCAUGGGAAUCAAUGGCAAAAUUGCUGCCAGUAGUGUGGAGAGCAAGACUGGGCUAAAGACUAGGGCUCUCAGUGUUAGUGAAAUAACGUAAGCAGUAUUUCGGAUCCUCAUUCACAACACAUGCAGGCCAUGAGGUAAUGAGUCGUGGAGCUCCAAAGAGCCAAAACGGUGGAAAACUAAUUUUUAUGUCAACCCAGCCUCGAGGGGAAAUCUGCAAUCCAAUCUGGCAGUUUUGAGUCAAGCCUUUCACACACUGCUUAUUCCAUAUUUACUGAUAGAAAAUUCAGAUGUAUGAAAUAGAAAUAUGUAUGGUUAAUUGGUACUCGAGCAUUUCUGCUUUGUAUUUUUCUUGUCUUAGCAUUGCCUAUACCUUUUAUAUCUCUUCUAGCAGUUACCACUUCAAAGAUAUGGCAGCAUUUUAAUAUCAUGCUCUAGGUAGCAUGAUGUAUGUGCAAAGAUGGUCAUCAUAAAUAUUUCAGUAAGACUGCCAAAGCAGUGGUGUACACAUACAAGUUUAUUGUAGUGAUAAGAAUUCAGUUUAAGAGUCUAGUAAAUACGUUUUAAUUAAAACAGUGUCCUUUAAUGACAGAUGCAUCUAAUUUCCAGGGUAUCUGUUGAAAUGUGAAGCUAUCUCAGUUUGACAAGCAAUAGAUUUCUCCCUUGAAUGAUUUUACAUUCCAGCAAGCAUGGUGAUCCUGAAAGGGUGUCAUUUUUGAAAAGCAGAACCUAAAUUCUCUUAAUCAGGUUUCAUUAUCCAUACUAGAGAAAUGAAACAGAAACUUUGCCUUCUAAAAGCAACAGCAUGUAAACUAGAAUGAAAGAAGGACAAUGUGUAUGUAUGCCUAAUAUCUUCUGUGAAUGUUUUUCCCGUUAACUAGAGUUCUAUUAGAAACCAGAUUGGUAAAUAAAAAAAAAAAAAAGAAAGAAAUUUGAAACAGUUUUAAUUACCCUUAUAGCUGCUUCCUUGUGCUUUAUAUGUUCUGAUCAUUGUCUAUAUUUUUUCUUUCUCUAGUACCAGGAAAUCAAGUUGGAAAGGACAAAAUCAAGUUGGAAAGGCCUCUUAAGAAAAGACCCACAGUACAUGAAAAAAGGGUCUUCAGAAUGCAGUUAUACCUAAGAAGAGAGGGUGCUAAAACCAGGGAAGAUUUACUGAAGUGCAAAUAUGUUCCUCCUGCAUCAGGCAGCCCUGAUUACCUGUUACAGAGGAGAAUCUCAGGCAGUGUAAAUCUGUACUUGUUGAGGUGGGCUGAGGGUCUAAGAGUAGGGUUUUGGUAGAAAUGAAAUGACUGCCUUUCUGAGGUUUUUCCAUUUCUGAUCACUUUGCAGAUAGCAGCAAGCAGUCUCCCAUCAGUUCUGCUCAUAUUUGUUAUUGCAGGCUCUGUGGCACUGCCAGCCUCACAAGUAUUACACACUACAAAUGGCUGCAUGUAGGUUGUUUGCCUUCCUUUCCUACUGUAGCUCUGUCCUUUCCUUUAUGAAUGUGAGCCUUUUAUUGAAGUUGUCAAGAAAAAUGUAUGCCCAGCUCAACAGACUUGUGUCUGUUCCUUUAUAUAAACUACCUUAUAAGGCUUUAAAUUUUUUUAUGAUGUGAAGCAUUUUAUAAAAGAACUAUGUUAAGUGCACUUGAAUGGGAAAGUGUGAAAUCUAGGCAAAGAAGCAUCAGUGCAACAACCACCCGAGUCAGAGGGACUGUGCUUGUCCCAACUUGUUGCUCUGUCUACAGUGUGAAUUGCCUUAACCACCAACCCAAAGCCCUGGCCCCAUCCAAGACCUUAACUUACUUAGUGGAAUAUAAUAGUGGCAAAGUCCUGUUGUGAUGCCUUGCAACCAUGUUUUGACUGUUUAUUUGUACUGACUGUUGUAACCCCUAGAAGGAGCAUCACGAUUUCUACAGGAAUAUUUUUUAUUUAUAUAGGAAAGCUCCAGAACAAAGAGAUGGGAGUGAAGGUUCAAGUUUAAAGCCCUUCUGAUACUUGCACACUGUGUCACAGAGAAGAGUCUUUGCUUCUUGCUGUCACCACAUGUCUCGCUGCAGCCAGAAGCGUGUGGGUGUGCACAUGCACCUCUGAAAUCUAAGGCUAUUCAGGAUGCGAUGUCUACAGCUCUUGGGUAAUUACUGCCAUAAUGUGGGUGGGUAAGAUACCAAACUUGCUUCAUAUCCGUGAGUCUGCAGUGCUAGCAAAAUCACUCACUCUUGAAAUCAGGUGCAAUUUUGGAGAUAAACUCAGACUUUGCCCUACAGUAGUAGGCACAUAUGGUACUUCAAAUGAGAGCAGACUUGGCCCUGGUUACCAAAAAGCAUUUAUUUAACAAUCUGUAACACAGCUCUUUUAACACCUUAUUUAACUCUGACUUCCACAUAUAAGCAGACAUCUUCUUGAAGUACUAUGCUCAAAGCCCUGAUUAUGCCAACAACUUAAGAACCAGGAAGAAAAGUGGCCGAUUUGUGGCUUCUUUACCAAAGAAGGUUUUUUUAAAAAGUCACUUCGUGUAAAAAAGAAAAGUUUGGUAUCAACAGGUUCUUUCACAGAGAAGUGUUUCUUUGAGCUGGUUUUCUAUUUUCAAAACAUUGUAUGAGAAAAGUUAAGCAAUUAUUCGGCUUGAUACAAAGCACAACCAGACUGCUUCUGUGAAAAGGUUCAGGUAAGAUAUACUCUGCAAAUAUACAUAGAAUCAAGUAACAAAUUUAGUGCAUCCCAUUCUUCUGUGAUGCAGCAGCUUCCAAUAAUGUCUACUUUUGCUCCCACUGCUAUUUUUUCCUUAAUGGAAAAACAUCUGGAUUAAACAACAAAAGAGAAAAGUGCAUACCCUUUGUUUUACUAUAGAUUAAUGUUCUUGCUUGGUAUGUAAUAGGGUAAUAGGGAAUAGCAAAUGGUUAUUUCUUCAGAUUUGAUAGCAUUAAUUCUGCUGUUUCCAAGGGUCAGAGAUGUACUAUCACUAUAUUAAUUAUUAGCACGUAGAGGUAAUUAUACUGGUAAUAUUAAACAACUGGCAUUCUGGAUUCUAGCAAAGGGCUGCUCUAAGAAAUUCUUAUUUAUUGAAAACCCAUGUCAAGGUGGGUAGAUGACAUUUUUCUGACAAUUAAGAAAAGUGACUUACUGGAAUGACACUAGAGCAGAAACCAUUUGAGGGAUGUUUAGCAUGCUGAACAAUAAACCAUACCAGAAAGAGUUUCUUCUUGCCUUCCAGUUAGGGAUUUGGGGUAGGUAAAGUGCUGCAGCUAGUCAUAUAUCACCAUGCAUGCAUUGCCUUUUUGGCCAAAAUAUUUGAGCUUCUCCCAUCUUUCGCCUGCUUUAAAACAGACUGUUGCAAGAAUACGGCUGAAGACAUGAAACUUAAGCAAGCUGCUCUAGGCUGCUGGUGAGAGCACAGAAUCACAAAUCCCAAGCUCUUCUUCUACCUGCUGGUCUGUCCUUGCUUAGAAGAUAAUUCUCAGAUGUGUUGCCACCUGUCCCCUGUUGUCUCCUUUCCCUCAUUUCCAGAACCACGGAAUAGCCCAGGUUGGAAGGGACCUCGAAAGACCUUCUGGUCCAGCCUUCCGUGGGAAAGAGAGCCUAGAUGAAAUUAUCUAGCAUGCUGUCCAGUUGUGGUUUUUUCCCCACUGACUCCAUUUUCAGGGCAGUAGGCUAUCAACAGGCUCUUGUUUAAGACAGACUGAGAGUCACUGGAGCAAGUCAACAAACUCUUGAAUCAGCCAGAAAGCAAUAACUUUAGAUGACUCACGUCAGGUGGAAGGAGGCUUCAUCUGGAAAAUUUCCAGCCUAACAGCUCACCUACAUGUAGUCAUGGCUUUGGUUAGCAAUGGAGCAACCAGCCAAAUCUAUGUAUUAUUUUUUUAAACCUAUGUGGAGGCAUGUAAGAUAAAUAAACUUGGCUGCAGGCAUCCCCUGUAGGCUAAUGUUUAUUGUCUAAACUGCACAUCCUCAUGCUUGUAGUUCAGGUAUCACUGAAGGAGUCUGACCUUGGCACAGUUAAUAAAUCAUUCACAAGCUGGCCCAACAGCCCUGUACUGCUUUGUCUUAAAAAUCCCUGUUGAGUAAACGUUUUAAAAAAAAUCCAUGGUUUGCCAUCACAAAGCUCUGGACGCAGUAUCAGCAGCUAGUUGUAAUUUACUUCUGUUAUAAAAUUAAGGUCGGUCUGCAGAGUUUUUUUGUGUGACUUGCACUAACGAGAUAUUUAUCCAUUAAUAUAAACUACUGCAACAGGGAGAGGUAGCAAAGAGAAAUUCCCUUUGCUGCACACUCUGAAAUACAAGUCCCUUUUGUUACAUAGUUCCUGGUACAGGAGUAAGACCAUUGUACACAUCUAACGUCUCCUUUCCAAAUCCACUACGCGCCACUCCAAGGCCAGCAUGGAAAGAAAUUGGCUGACAGUUCUGGGCUUUUUUCCCAUCUCUUGCUCUACUUUAGAAAUGUUCCCUCUCACUGAUAAAUUCAUCACCUUUCACUGUCAUCUUUAAACUCCUUCCAAGCAAUGCUUACUACUUUGACCAAGGUGAAGCCUCUCACCUUCCUAAAAUGUGACUAUUGUAGUGGGAGAGUUGUAUGCCACUAAAUUCCUGUCACCUGUUAUAUUUGCAGCUGGUUUUUAUCUGUUUAUAAUACUCAGUGACUGAAAGUAAAAGUUUGGUUUCUGCCAUCUGCAACAUUAUUUUAUAACUUGUUUGCAUUUGUUCCAAAAUCACAGCACCGUCUGGCAAAAAGAGUCUGAAAACGAGGCAGCUGCACCUCAUUCCAUUAAGCAUACUCACUUUCUUUUACUUGGUUCAAAUUUUCCCAAGAGAUAUCAAUACUAAAAUAAAUGUCUAGCAAAAGCCAGCUUCUGUUUUCCUUAGGGCCACAAGGUGUCAGAAUUAACCCUCAGCCAUCCCUUUCCCUUGUGCUUUUGUGGCACAUAUACAAGGCCAAUGGUAGCCUCCAAAGGAGGACACAAAAAUAGUGACAUCAUAAAAGUCUCUAGUGGUUUUAGUCCCUUGGAGUUUUAAAUGUCCAUCUCAACAGGGGCAACAAGUCAGCACUCCUACAGAUUUCAGUUAUUAGCACAUCCAAGAAAAUUCUCAGCAUCGGUUAUUAAAGAAUUUUAUUUUCAUUGGAUCAGCAUCUCAGAGAGGGAAAAAAAUUACUUCUGUAUUUGGAGUACUUAAGAUAUUAUACUCACCCCGUUGCAACUCCUGCAUUGUGUCUGAUCUUUUGAAGCUCCAACUAUUAAGAUAUGGGGUCAGUCACUUGAAUAAAGAAGGUGAAGGCAUCACUUGAUUCCUAUUAACUCUUUGAAGCACAGGGAACUGGCUUUCCACAAGUCUGCUUUGUGUGGUCGAUCUCACUCAUACACUGGUAAGGAGGAUCUUUUCUUUUGCUCUGCUCCUCAGUGGAUCAAGACCCGUCAGUGGGCUGGCAGGUGUCACAUAAAAUAUCUUUGAGUCCGAGUGAACUGAACCAUGUGUUGAGCAGCCCGAGUCCAGGGAGUUCCUCUGAUACCACAGCAUGAUUUGGCACAAUAUUCCUGAAAGGCUUCAGCUCUUCGACAACCCUGCUACCCCAUUUGACUAGUGCUAAUUAACAGAAGCCUGCUGGAAAUGAUCUGUACUGACUUAAUCCUACAUGUGGAAGCCAACCCUAACUAAGAGCGCUUCAUUUCAUGGGGAUUAAAUAGAUUCCCCCCAACUACAGAGUGCUUGGGAUGUGCUCAGUCUGAAACUUCUUACUGACAUAUAUAAAUAGAGAUAUAGAGAUAAAUAGAUAUUUUUAUGGAGAUGUUUUAUAAGUGGCCUUUACUUUGUGCAUGGUAAUUAUUGCCAAACUCUUGUUAUUUAGGAGCUACAGAGUGGCUGGUUCUGCAGUUUGGAAAGCAACCAGCUGUCUCUGUUGCAAGGUGGACUUGGGGUACGGGCUUGGAUUUUAAUUUUUGUUAUUCAGCUGUAAUUUGCAUGGUUUGGAUUUGGGUUUUGCCUCGGUAUCUUUUUUUUUUUUCUUUCCUCAUUGGUUCUCUGGCAGGGAUGUAUUGGGGUCAAGCAGGAACUUAUUUCUGUCUUUUGAGAGAUGGAUUGAAGCCAUCAGUGCCACAUAACACUUCAGAAACACCUGCCUUGUGCAGCCCAUGAUGUUGAUCAGUGUGAGGGCCUCAAAACACAGUUUCUUUAGCAAGCUAUUGGGGUUUUCACAGUUUAGUGAGGUGCUCCUACUUCUCUAUCUUUGCUUGGCAAGAUGGCAAGCUAGCAACAGCUGGGCUAUGGGUAUAGCCUCAUGAGCAGGAAAAGGGGUCAGCAGGGACUACGACAUGAAUGAGGAUUCGGAAGUAGAUUCAUAGACAUAGCAGUAGCAAAAGACUUGUCAAAAUUGCUACUGGGGAGGUCAUUUUACUUCCUCUUUUCUUUUACUCCUUUUUUUUUAAAUACUCUCUGUUUGUAUGCCACAUCUGAAUAAUGCAUCUCUACCGGCCAGCCAGCUCUCAAUAAUCUGGGCUCUUGGUUAGAGGUAGAAAUGCAGUUGUGCUUUCUUAUUGAUCUCGUUCCUGCUGCUGUGGAGCGGUCUGUACCCAGGAAAGGACCAGGGCCAUUAGCUAUUAGGAAAGCAAAACCAACCUCUCACCCCUUCCCUCCAAACCAGGUUGAAAGCCAAUCCCAGGGUUAUGUGCCUACAAAGCUGGCCCAAUUUCCUGGUGGGUGAACCAAGACCUUGUCUGUUUGCAGUUAUUCUAGUCCACAGGUUUCUUUCUUGAGCACAAUUUUUCCCAUGGGAAGCAUAACCAGGAUAUGAUGGUUACCCUAUUUAAACAAAAAUGUGUAUAUUAAAAAAAAAAAAAAUCCUAAUCUGAAAGUAUAGUGUAUCUGAGAUUCCUCUGUUAUAGACAUUUAGUCUACAGAUUUAUGGCUACAUUUGCUAUGUUAUGCUUGAAUAAACAUAUAAUUCAUUGAAAUACACAAAACUGAUAAAAGUAAUAUGAUCUCUUUAAGGAGAAUAAACUGUUUGUAAAUUUAUAAAGAGUAUAAUCUGUUAGGCCUUAUUUGAAGUAUGUACUGUGGUUUGGUAAAAGUACAACAUUAAAAGAGCCUUGCCAGAU